GAAGAGAGUAUUUACACGUUUCUUUCAAGUACAAGCUUUCUAAACCGCUCUGAAACUUUAAAGAGACUGAUCUUGAUUAUUUAUAAUAGGGAUCUGUGAGAAUCGCUGGCCGCGGACGCUUAUUUCUCCUGAGCGCGCGCCCGCGCGCGAACUGCACAGCUGGUCGCGCGCAUUUGCCCAUGACUCGCGCUCUUCAUUCACUCCGGGACUCGGCGGGAGAAGCUCAGUCUUUCUCAGCGAGGAGAAGAGCUCACUUUAAACCUCCAAUGUAGAGAAACUUUGUUAGACUGUGGACUUUUAAUCGAGUUUUAAUGUGUUUUACACAAGAGCUGCCGACGAAAGUUUAAAGAGCGGUUGAAAGUUGUGCGCGUGUCCGUCUAUUUUGUUUUGCUGGAUGAUAUUCAGAAUGCCGACGACCUCUUCGUUGAUAUAGUUUACCUUCUCAUUUGGCCGUUUAUUACUUAAUAUCAUUACUGCUGGUCUGCUGCUUGACUGGAUUUAAUCUGCUUCAUGUGAUGUUUACGGACUCUUCACUUUUAUUGUGCAGUUUUGAGUCUUAUUUGUGGUUCUCCACAGGUGAAGGAGUUUGAACAGCUGUUCCCCGUCAGUUUUCAAUGGUUUGACUUUAUUCACCGCUGGAGACCCUGACAGAAGCCACUGAAAGACUUACUUUGUUUAGUUUUAGUUCGAGUUUUCAGUCACAAACAUGGAUAAAUACGACGAUUUGGGACUAGAGGCGAGUAAGUUCAUUGAGGACUUGAACAUGUACGAAGCGUCGAAGGACGGUUUAUUUCGCGUGAAGAGGGACGCGGGAAACAACCCUGAUUUUGAAGAAACCAGGAAAGUUUUUGCCUCAAAAAUGACCAAAAUACACAUCCAGAAGCAACAGGAGGAGAUGGCAAAAACCAGUUUGGCAGCAAGGAUCAACGGGAGUCUUUCUAAAGUGUCGGAUAACACAUUGUACACCAAAGACAGACCACCCAUCAAUACUUACAGACAGGGCGGUGAAGCGGCAGCUAAACCUCCCAUCAUGUCUGGACCAAUGGUUGGCACUGCCAGUGUGACUCCAUAUGCAUCUUAUGAAGGACAAAAACAUCAUUCGACCAUCAUACAGCACAAUGAUGGACCCAGCAGCAGGGUUUAUGACAGUCCUGGGAAUGCUGUUAACUCAGUACCCGUGCCAGCCCGGGCAGCACCCUCUGUCAGCCCGCCUGGCACAUGGGCAUCAAGAAGCGGGUACCCCUCCCAGACACCAUCUCCCUUUUCAAACAGUUCCUCCUCUUGUAGCUCACCCGGAGCAGGUCAGAAUCAUUCCCCUGUGGGCUUUCUUCAAAUCUCAGCAAAGUCUCCUUCCCAGUCGCCCACAGGGACAUACAGGGACGCAUUUCAGGUUAGCCCUGGUCUGCACUCCCAACCCAUCUCUGCCCAAUUGUCUGCCACUCAAAAUGGAGCAGAUCAUAACAUUGGCACCCCUACCCAGGUGUCCCAAGAGGCACCCCAGACCAAGAGCACUGCACCCAAUAAUCCAGCAAUUCCUUCUCCCAAACCAGUGCUCCCUAUUGAGUCCCCUCAUGAGGAGUCUUUCCAUGCGCUCAAACUGCCAUGCCCGAGCCUUCAUGUACAGACAGAUCAGGGGCCAUCUGUGGCUGAAAUAAAAUUAGAAGCUCUAACCGAACGCUUGGAAAAGGAGAUGGACACCCAGCCAAACGCUGAGUACUUUGG